AGAUCCCUAAGACCAGGAGCGCCAUGACUGACGUGCACAGGAGGUGGCCCAACGGAAUCAUUCCGUAUGUAAUCUCACAGACAUACGACGAGAACGAGCGCGCCACCAUCGCCAAGGCCAUGAGCGAGUACCACGAGAAGACCUGCAUCCGCUUCGUCCCCAGAACCAUCGAGAAAGAUUACAUCCACAUUCUUAAAGGCGAUGGGUGCUCGAGCUCAGUGGGCCGCGUGAAGGGCGCCCAGCAGAUGUCGCUUGGGCCCGGCUGUCUCUACGUGGGAAUAGUCAUGCACGAGUUCAUGCACGUGGCAGGCUUUUGGCACGAACAGUCCCGCUCGGAUCGUGAUAACUAUAUUACGAUCAACAAGCUGAACGUACAGGACGGCAUGUGGUACAACUUCGAGAAAUACGGAUGGGACAAGAUUCAGAGCCUCGGUGUGGGAUACGAUCUCGAGUCCAUCAUGCACUACGGCCCGUACGCCUUCGCCAAGGAAGGGAAACCCACCAUCAUCCCGAGGGAGACCGGGGUGGAGAUGGGGCAGCGCAGGGGCUUCUCCAAGCGAGACAUAGAGAAACUGCAGAAGCUCUACAACUGCGCCAACACCACUUUCUUCGCGACGAACGCCCCUGCCGACGUUCCUUCGACAAAGGAGUGCGUCGACAACAACGACCAGUACUGCACUCCCUGGGCCGACCGGGGAGAGUGUGAGAACAACCCGGUCUGGAUGAACGUCAACUGCAGGAAAGCUUGUCGGCAAUGCGGUGGUGCCACAGGUAAGGAGUGCCAGGAUCACAGCGUUCACUGUAGGAUCUGGAUGGAGGCGGGCGAGUGCACCGAGAACGUGGAUUAUAUGUCUCUCUUCUGCAAGAAGUCUUGUGGUCUGUGCAUGGAUACCGAAGCAGCUGAUCCUCCCAUGAAGCGGUGCGAGGACAAGAACCGCUUCUGCCACUCUUGGGCCGAGAUGAACAACUGCGCGACCAACCCCAAUUACAUGCUCGUCUAUUGCAAAAAAUCGUGCAAGCAGUGCUAACCUCGGAGGACUUCGAUGCUGGGAAUCAUUGAGUCGUUCACGGAAACCCCUUUUCUCAUGGUAGAAACUCCUGCAGAAGGAUGUACUUGAGAUCAUGAAGUUGCGUUUAUUCUCUGCAGCAAAAAACA